CAGAGUCACAGGUCCUAGAAUGGCUGUCUUGGUACGCGCCAUUUUCUUUGCGCUGAUAGUUGCUGUCGUAGGGGGAUUGGGAUAUCCUAGAAUAUGUAUUCCAGAUACAAUUCCCUUGAUUAAGGGAUUCCGAAAUCUGGAUGUAACUAAGCUUACGGGCAUCUGGUAUAGUUUCUUAUGGAGACGGAACCCCCAGGUGCCGGAUGACCGUGUUUUAUCAGAAUACACCGCCUACGUCACCGCCGGCAAAGAUGGAGCAUUAUCCUUUUUUAUCAGAGCGUUGCCGAAAGACGGACAAAAGUGCACAGACAUCAACGAGGCUUCAAGCCUAGUUCCUACAGGGAAUCCAGGGGACUUCUCCUUUGGUCCAUCAGAGAGCAACAACCAUUUCAAGAUCAUCGACACGGACUACACCAACUAUUUGUUGGUACUCAGGUGUUACGGGGAGGAUAAGCAAGGAAGGUGUCAGAGAGACGCCAUUCAGCUUUGGAGCCGCCGCGUGGGCCUGGACCCAAUUUACGUAUACUCAGGAAUGAAGACCAUUGCCCAACGACUGUGUAAAACGUUUGAAGGGUUCCGUUUUAGUGUACACAAGUUAGCUUGUAACCUCCGAGAGCAGGUAACCAAGAAAUGAUCUGCAAUGAGCUUCACCGGCUAUUAUCCACCCUUUCUGUACGCUACAGCGAGGCAUCUUCGAGGAAAACACAAAGCUUCUGCCAAGUCAGUUGGAAAACUAGCGUUAUUUCUUAUUAGACUAUAAAUGCCAUGAUGAAUUAAAUAGGUGUACCAAGAAAAAAUCAGAGAAAGAGGAGUGUACACCUUAUGCUACAAAAACGAUCAAUUUUUCAGUAAACCGACAAAGUUACCUCGUUUUCUUCACUCUUUCUUUGAUUUAAUACUUUGUCCUAUCUGCUACACAGCUGUUUCAUAAACCUAGGUGUACUAAAACUACCGAGAGACUAGUGCUAUAUAUUCGGAAGUCCUUUUCAGCUUUACU